AUGACGAGCACGCCACCUCCAACAACAACCACCACUGCUUCACCGACCACCACCACCACGUCACCUCCCACAACAACCACCACUGCCCCAACGACCACCACCACAAUGGCUCCUCCUACAACAACCACCCCUGCCCCAACGACCACUACCACGGCUCCUCCCACAACAACCACGACUGCCCCAACGACCACUACCACGGCUCCUCCCACAACAACCACGACUGCCCCACCGACAACAACAGCCACGGCUCCUCCGACAACAGUCACCAUUGCCCCACCGACUAGCACCACUACGAUUCCUCCAACAACCACCAAUGCUAUUACAACAACAACCACUGCCCCAACGACCACCACCACCGCGGUUCCUCCCACAACAACCACCACUGCCCCACCGAUGACCACCACGGCUCCUCCGACAACAAACACGGCUGCCCCACCGACAACAACCUACACGGCUCCUCCUACAACAGCCACCACUAACCCACCGACCACCACCACUACGAUUCCUCCAACAACCACCACAGCUAUUACAACAAUCACCACUGGGCCACCGACCACAACUACCACGGCUCCUCCCACAACAAGCACCACUACCCCACCGACCACCACCACGGCUCCUCCCACAACAACUACCACUGCCCCACCGACAAAAACUACAACGGUCCCUCCCACAACAACCACCACUGCCCAACCGACAACCACCACCACGGCUCCUCCGACAACAACCACCACUGCCUCACAGACCACCACCACCACCACGGCUCCUACCACAACAACCACCACUGCCCCACCGACCACCACCAACGCUCCUCCCACAACAACCACCACUACCCACCGACCACCACCACGGCUCACCACCACUACCACGGGUCCUCCGACGACAACCACCAGUGCCCCACCGACCACCACCACCACGGCUCCUCCGACAACAACCACCACUGCCCCACCGACAACAACCUCCACGAGUCCUCCGACACCAACCACCACUACCCAACCGACCACCACCACGGGUCCUCCAACGACAACCACCACUGCCCCACCAACCAUGGCUCCUCCCACAACAACCACAACUGCCCCACCGACAACAACCUCCACGGCUCCCCCGACAACAACCACCACUGCCCCACCGACAAAAACUACAACGGUCCCUCCCACAACAACCACCACUGCCCAACCGACAACCACCACCACGGCUCCUCCGACAACAACCACCACUGCCUCACAGACCACCACCACCACCACGGCUCCUACCACAACAACCACCACUGCCCCACCGACCACCACCAACGCUCCUCCCACAACAACCACCACUACCCCACCGACCACCACCACGGCUCGUCCCACAACAACCAUCACUGCCCCACCGACCACCACCACGGCUCCUCCGACGACAACAAGCACCACUGCCCAACAGACCACCACUACCACGGGUCCUCCGACGACAACCACCAGUGCCCCACCGACCACCACCACCACGGCUCCUCCGACAACAACCACCACUGCCCCACCGACAACAACCUCCACGAGUCCUCCGACACCAACCACCACUACCCAACCGACCACCACCACGGGUCCUCCAACGACAACCACCACUGCCCCACCAACCAUGGCUCCUCCCACAACAACCACAACUGCCCAACCGACAACAACCUCCACGGCUCCCCCGACAACAACCACCACUGCCCAACCGACCACCACCACGGCUCCUCUGACAACAAUCACCACUGCGCCACCGAGCACCACUUCCACGGAUCCUCCGACAACAACUAGCACUGCCCCACCGACAACCACCACUACGAUUCCUCCAACAACCACCACAACUAUGACAACAACCACAAAUGCCCCAGCAACAACCACCAUGGCUCCUCCCACAACAACCACCACUGCCCCACCGACCACCGCCACGGUUCCUCCCACAAUAACCCCAACUGCCCCACCGACCACCACCACGGCUUCUCCCACAACAACCACCACAGCCCCACCGACCACCACCACGGCUCCUCCGACAACAACCACCACUGCCCCACCGACAACCACCACCACGGCUCCUCCGACAACGACAACCACUGCCCCACCGACCACCACCACGGCUCCUCCCACAACAACCACCACUUCCCCAACGACCACCGCCACGGCUCCUCCCACAACAACCACCACUGCCCCACGGACCACCGCCACGGCUCCUCCCACAACAACCACGGCUGCCCCACCGACAACAACCUCCACGGCUCCUCCAACAACAACCACCACUACCCCACCGACCACCACCACUACGAUUCCUCCAACAACCACCACAGCUAUUACAACAACCAGCACUGCCCAACCGACCACCACCACGGCUACUCCCACAACAACCACCACUGCCCCACCGACAACCACCACCACGGCUCCUCCGACAACAACAACCACCGCCCCACCGACUACAACCACUACGAUUCCUCCAACAACCACCACAACUAUGACAACAACUACCACUGCCCCUCCGACAACCACCACGGCUCCUCCCACAACAACCACCAUUCCGCCACCGACAAUUACCACCACGGUUCCUCCCACAGCAACCACCACUGCCCCACCGACAACAUCCACCACUGCUCCACCGACCACCACUACCACGGCUCCUCCGACGACAACCACCAGUGCCCCACCGACCACCUCUACCACGGCUCCGACGACAACAACUACCACUGCCCCACCGACAACCACCACCACGGCCCCUCCCACAACAACCACCACUGCCCCACCAACCACGGCUCCUCCCACAACAACCACAACUGCCCCACCGACAACAACCUCCACGGCUCCUCCCACAACAACUACCACUGCCCCACCGACCACCACUACCACGGCCCCUCCGACCACCACCAACACGGCUCCGACGACAACAACUACCACUGCCCCACCGACAACCACCAUCACGGCCCCUCCCACAACAACCACCACUGCCCCACCAACCACCAUGGCUCCUCCCACAACAACCACAACUGCCCCACCGACAACAACCUCCACGGCUCCUCCGACGACAACCACCACUGCCCCACCAGCCACCACCACGUCUCCUCCCACAACAACCACCACUGCCCCACCGACCACCACCACGGGUCCUCCCACAACAACCACCACUGCCCCACUGACAACCACUACCACGGGUCCUCCCACGACAACCACCACUGCCCCACCGACCACCACUACCACUGCUCCUCCGACGACAACCACCACUGCCCCACCGACCACAACCACGGCUCCUCCGACAACAACCACCACUGCCCAACCGACCACAACCACGGCUCCUCCCACAACAAGCACCACUGCCCCACCCACAACCACAACGGCUCACCAGACAACAACCACCACUGCCCCACUGACCACCACCACUACGAUUCCUCCAACAACAACCACAGCUAUGACAACAACCACCACUGCCCCACCGACAACCACCAUCACGGCUCCUCCAACAACAACCACCACUGCCUCACCGACCACCACCACAACCACGGCUCCUCCCGCAACAACCACCACUGCCCCACCGACCACCACCACGGCUCCUCCCACAACAACCACCACUGCCUCACCGAUCACCACCACUACCACGGCCCCACUGACUACAACCACUACGAUUCCUCCAACAACCACCACAACUAUGACAACAACCACCACUGCCCCACCGACCACAACCACGGCUCCUCCCGCAACAACCACCACUGCCCCACCGACCACCACCACGGCUCCUCCCACAACAACCACCACUGCCCCACCGACAACAUCCACCACUGCUCCACCGACCACCACCACCACGGCUCCUCCAACAACAACCACCACUGCCCCACCGACCACCACCACGUCUCUUCCCACAACAACCACCACUGCCCCACCGACCACCACCACGGGUCCUCCCACGACAACCACCACUGCCCCACCGACAACCACUACCACGGGUCCUCCCACGACAACCACCACUGCCCCACCGACCAUCACUACCACGGCUCCUCCCACAACAAGCACCACUGCCCCACCGACCACCACCACCAUGGCUCCUCCGACAACAACCACCACUGCCCCACCGACCACCACCACUACAAUUCCUCCAACAACAACCACAGCUAUGACAACAACCACCACUGCCCCACCGACAACCACCAUCACGGCUCCUCCAACAACAACCACCACUGCCUCACCGAUCACCACCACUACCACUGCCCCACUGACUACAACCACUACGAUUCCUCCAACAACCACCACAACUAUGACAACAACCACCACUGCCCCACCGACCACAACCACGGCUCCUCCCGCAACAACCACCACUUCCCCACCGACCACAACCACGGCUCCUCCCACAACAAUCACCACUCCACCACCAACCACAACUUCCACGGCUCCUCUUACAACAACCACCACAGCCCCACAAACAACCACCACCACGGGUCCUCGCACAACAACUACCACUUACCCACCGACAACAACAACCACGGCUCCUCCGACAACAACCACCACUGCCCCACCAACAACCACCACAAACACGUCUCCUCCCACAACAACCACCAUUCCCCCACCGACCACCACCACCACGGCUUCUCCAACAACAACCACCACUUCCCCACUGACCACCACCACUACGACUCCUCCAACAACAACCAAAGCUAUGACAACAAUAACCACUGCCUUCCCCGACAACAACCACCACUGCCCCACCGACCACCACGGCUCCUCCCACAACAACCACCACUGCCCCACCGACCACCACGGCUCCUCCGACAACAACCACCACUUCCCCACUGAUCACCACCACUACGAUUCCUCCAACAACAACCAAAGCUAUGACAACAAUAACCACUGCGCCACCGACCACCACUACCAUGGCUCCUCCCACAACAACCACCACUGCCCCACCAACCACCACAACAGUUCCCGCGACAACAACCACCACUGCCCCACCGAUCACCAUCACGGCUCCCCCGACAACAACCACCACUGCCCCACCGACCACAACCACCACCACUGCCCCACCGACAACCACCACUGCCCCACCGACCACCACCAUCACGGCUCCUCCAACAACAACCACCACUGCCUCACCGAUCACCACCACUACCACGGCCCCACUGACUACAACCACUACGAUUCCUCCAACAACCACCACAACUAUGACAACAACCACCACUGCCCCACCGACCAAAACCACGGGUCCUCCCACACCAACCACCACUGCCCCACCGACCCCAACCACGGGUCCUCCCACACCAUCCACCACUGCCCCACCGACCACAACCACGGGUCCUCCGACACCAACCACCACUGCCCCACCAACCACCACCACUACAAUUCCUCAAACAAUCAGCACAGCUAUGACAACAACCACCACUGCCCCACCGACCACCACCACAGUUCCUACCCCAACAACCACGACUGCCCCACCGACCACCACCACGGUUCCUACCACAACUACCAACACUGUCCCACCGACCACCACCUCAACAGCUCCCCUGACAACAACCACCACUGCCCCACCGACAACCACCACCACGGCUCCUCUGACAACAACCACCACUGCCCCACCGACAACCACCACUACGAUUCUUCCAACAACCGCCACAGCUAUUACAGCAACCACCACUGCCCCACCGACAACCACCACCACCACAAACCACCACUUACCCACCGACAACAACAACCACAGCUCCUCCGACAACAACCACCACUGCCCCACCAACAACCACCACCACCACAGCUCCUCCUUCCCCGACAACAACCACCACUGCCCCACCGACCACCACCACGGUUCCUACCACAACAACCACCACUUCCCCACCGACCACCACCACGCCACCACUGCCCCACCGACCACCACCACCACAGCUUCUCCGACAACUACCAACACUGUCCCACCGACCACCACCUCAACAACUCCCCUGACAACAACCACCACUACCCCACCGACCUCCACCACUACGAUUCUUCCAACAAUCGCCACAGCUAUUACAACAACCACCACUGCCCCACCGACCACCACUACCACGGCUCCUCCGACAACAACAAUUACCACUGCCCCACCGACCACCACCACCACGGCUCCUCUGACAACAACAAUUACCACUGCCCCACCGACCACCACCACAACAGCUCCCCCGAGAGCAACCACCACUGCCCCACCGACGACCACCACGGCUCAUCCCACAACAACAACCACGGCUACUCUGACAACAACAACCACCAGAUAUGUUGUUUUCAGAUCCCUUCAAAGCAAUUUUACCAAGGACUUAUUGAACCUGCUUACAAAAACUCGUUCCCUUCCUCCUUUGUCUCCUUGGCCGUUGUGAGCUUCAGUGAUCCCAACAACUACCACAGUUACCCCAACAACAAACACAACACCAUCAACUACAUCUGCUGCAACAAAACCAACAUCUGCUCCAACAACUACCACAGUUACCCCAAUAACAAACACAACACCAUCAACUACAUCUGCUGCAACAAAACCAACAUCUGCUCCAACAACUACCACAGUUACCCCAAUAACAAACACAACACCAUCAACUACUACAUCAGCUGCAACAACAACAACAUCUUCUCCAACAACUACCACAACUACAAAAGCUCCGACUGCACCUGUCCAAGUUUUUCUGUUUCUACAGUUCCUUGA